GCGUGUGUGCAGAAUACCCCUGAACAACUUGGCACAUUUCAAUGAUCUGACCAUGAGACGGAGCCCGAGGAGACCCCUGAUUCUUAAAAGAAGAAAACUGCCUUUUCAUCAAAAUGCGACGGAUUCACAGCCUGGAGAAUCAGGCUCCAAAGAACCGUCAAAACCAGCUGCCGCUCAGAGCUUUCCUGAUGGUAUCCGCAUCAUGGACCACCCAUCCAAGUCUGAUACUCAGGUGGUUGUCAUUCCGGAAAAAGCAAAUCUUCAAAGUGUUAUUGGGGCCCUCACAGCUAAAGGCAAGGAAUGUGGUGCCCAGGGCCCAAACAAGUUCAUUCUUCUGAAUGGAGGUGGGAGUGGCAACAAGUGGGACUUUGGACUUGAUUCUCAGUCUGCUGCUGAAGCGGCUGCUACAAAGAGUACAGAAGGACAUACAGUUAAAGCUGAAACUACACACAAUUUCCCAGUGAAUAAGGAUGUAAACUGCGGUCCAUUGGAUGACAGCCUUACCAACAUUCAGUGGUUGGGUAAGAUGAGCACAUGCGCCUUGGAGCCAAAUUCUACAAAGCAGCUCAGCAGCAAGGAGAACCAAAAACCUUUAUCACAGACCUUUCAGGCACACAAUACACAUACCAGUGUAGAAGCUCCUCAGCAACCCAUUUCAGAGAGGCCACCAUACUCCUACAUGGCCAUGAUCCAGUUUGCUAUCAAUAGCAGAAAGAACAGGAGGAUGACCCUCAAAGAGAUUUACAUGUGGAUUGAGGACAACUUCCCUUACUAUAGAGAUGUGGCCAAACCAGGCUGGAAGAAUUCCAUCCGCCAUAACCUCUCUCUGCAUGACAUGUUCAUUCGUGAAACAUCUCCAGAUGGUAAAAUGUCUUUCUGGACUAUCCGACCUGAAGCCAAUCGAUGCCUCACACUUGAUCAUGUGUACAAGCCGGGCUGUGAUCCAGUGACUGCCACUGUUCCUGUGCCAAUGCUUUUACUGGCUAAUCAACACCAAAAGAGGACACUUCCAGAUGCAAGAAAAACACCAACUAGCUCUGAGAGAAAGAUGAAACCUCUUUUGCCUCGAACCGAUUCGUACUUGGUGCCCAUACAGCUCCCCGUCACUCCUUCUAUCUACCUGCCUUCCACUUCUACCCCUUUUCCUCCGCCCUGCUCCCAGCAGAGGGGUAACAGUUCACGAGCAGCAAAGAGAGUCCGCAUAGCACCGAAGGUGACACAAAGUGAUUCCCCAGCUGUGAUGAUAUCUCCUCAGAAGAAUACGGACUUUAAGGUAGAAGUGAAGGAGGAGCUGGUAUGUGUUCCAAUUAAAUGCGAGACCCCCAAAGCUCCUCCAAAGAGACAAGCCAGCAGCUCACGGCGCAAACAGCGUUUGGUUCUCUCUGUGAAUGAAGAGCCUGUUCUCCUCUGCAACAAAAGUAAUUUCUUUGACUCUGGCGUAGACUCCGAUGCUUCGACAUUCCAGGACAAUCCACACAUUGAGCUGGAUGAAGACAAGCACGGACAGGAAAGCCCAGAUAGGGAGUUCUCAUUCAAAACCCCGAUAAAAAGUAGCAGCCAUUUGACCUCAUCCACCCCCAGCAAGCCACCUUCUUAUGUUGCGUCUUUUAAAGUGACCCCGGUAGACAAAGGAAGCCAAAAUAUUCUACACUUGAGCCCUAUUCGUACAACAGGUGGUCCCACAGUUACUCCACAACAUGACUACACCACCUUCAGCUUCAGCAGCACUCCCUUUAAAGACUUGCCUCUGUUUAACUCCCCAAGAGAGCUGCUCACAUCCGCUCCCUCCAGAGUGACCGGACCAGCAGAGUCGCCCACCGAAUGCCUCAAAAGUAGCUGCUCCAGAGAGCUUCUGCAGGGAGGCAGUUCCACAGCAGCCAAUCGCUCAAUCACAGAGGGCCUCGUUUUGGAUACCAUGAACGACAGCCUGAGCAAGAUAUUGUUGGAUGUUAGCUUUUCUGGUCUGGAUGAUGACGACUUUGGUAUGGCGAACAUCAGCUGGUCUGACUUAAUCCCUCAGUUGAAGUAGUCAGAGGGCUGAAACACUUUCUAUGGCUAAGCAGUGUCACCUGUUUCUUUUUCCUUUUUUUUCUUUAUGUAAAGACUAUGUGAUUUAGGCGCACACCAAAGCAGCAAGACAGAAACAAAUCUAGAUCUGACACUAAACCAUCCGACUUGUCCAUAUUGAAGAGGAUUUCUCUCAAUACAAGGCGAGGCUGUUGAUGUAGGAAGAAAUUUCUAGUGCUCUAGAGUGCUCUAAUUUACUCUGGUUGUCAAAUAUUCAGAAGCAUGUAUUUUAAAUUUCUUAUUGGAGACUUAUUCAGACCUCCUUUUUGCAGUAGUUUAGGAGCUUUUAGCUUCAAGUUUCUUUUACAUUUGCUUUGCUGCUGGAGGGUUCUGGCUACCACAUGAGGGGGAAAAUGUAACAUUGAUAAAUAGAUUGCAGGAAUGCUUCAGUUUCAAUUACUGUUUGAUGUGUUUUACUUCUCUGACUUUUUCAUUCAUUGGAUCAAUCAAUAAUUGCCUCUGUGUCACUUCUUUUUCUUUAAAUUUCUUCACAUAUUUGGGCCUCUUUGUGUUUUAUGGUUUUCCUUUGUUGUGUUAUUUGUCUGUCUUCUUGAAGAACAUGCAUAAGAAGAUAAAUAUGUAAGUGUAUAUGUAUGUUGAUUUGCACAUUUUAAUAUAUAAUUUAGCUUCUACAUAAAUUUUAAAGGAUAUUUUCAAGAUGCUUCACUGCAGUUUGAGUCAGCAUCUUAGAGCUGACUUAGAAUAAUAGAUUGUGAUGGAGGAUUGCUAGUAAUAGGCCUUGACGAAUAGCACUAACAGGAACAGGACUGUUUCUUUAUUUAACUGUAGAACUGUCUUUAUCACAUGACUUCAUAAAUUCUCACAGUAAUUGUCCUUGUGUAUGCAGGAGUGAAAUGUUGUGGUUUCUAGCAGUUUUCAGACCUUGUACCUGACUAAACUCUGUGUUUCUAAGACAACAAUCAAUGUGUUGGUGCCUCAUAUAACAUGAAGAUUUGUUACUUAUGCUUUUGGGGAUAAGCAAACUUUGAUCUAUUGUCUUGCUCAGAUCAAAUUCAAUUCAUGUGUAGAGACAAGGCGUAAUUUCUACACCCUGAAAUAUUCUUCAAUACAGCAAUGAACCCUUUUGCACAUAACGUAUUUUAUUUGAAAAACUGUGUAGCAAGACUGCUUAUUUCUGUUUAUAUUUCAAUAAAGGUUUAAACUAUCA